GAGAACACACUGACGGAAUUUCGUUCAAUAUAGCGCAUGAUAUUGUGGGAUAAAAUAUUGGUGAAAAAAAUUGUUUUGAAAAGAAAAGAACUGAAGAAGUAUUGAGUGUUGUAUUGGAUAUUGAUACUUAUUAUAAGUGAGAUCGGCUACCUCGACAGGACAAAGAAUGACCAUUUUGAUUGAAAAUAACACAGAAAAGAAACGAGUUUCAUGAGUUUCUUCACUUGUCGACAUCAAUUUCGCCUUUUCUCAAUUAUCACACAUUUUUCCUCAUGAUAAAAGACGUAAUCUUAUUGAUCACUCUGUCCAUUAUCACAGUUGCAAUCAAGAUCACUCGAUUCGAAGUGCCAUCUCUCGUCGUCCCGGGAAGUUCGGCGAUUCUUACGUGCUCUUACGAUUUGGGGAAAGAGAAAUUGUACUCAGUAAAGUGGUACAAAGAUAACGUAGAGUUUUUCAGGUUCUUUCCAAGCCUUUCACCCCAAUACAUGGCCUUUCCAGCGCCAGGAUUGGACAUUGAUCUUUCAAGGUCCAGUCCAAACAUUGUACAUUUGCGGAACUUAACCCUCAAAAGUGAAGGGCAGUACACUUGCCAAGUUUCUGCAGAUGAACCAUAUUUUGGAUGUGUUCAAGUUCAUAGAGACGUUGUGGUAUAUAUUCCUCCCGAAUCAUCACCUAGAAUUUAUGGAGAAGUCACAGAAUUUGGUGAUAACCUGACGCUACACUGUGCAUCCGCUAAAUCUAAACCUGCAGCAAAUCUAAGUUGGUACGUCAACGAUGUUCUGAUGGAUGCAGGUACUCUUCUCACCUCCCAACAAAUCGUCCGGCAUCCGGAUCAUCUUGAAUCCUCUUCAGCGUCACUGAACAUUCCCCUUACGUCCGGGCGUCUACCCCCAGGGGACAUUAUCCGGCUAUCGUGUGCAGCGUCAAUAGCUGAUGUCGUCCGGUCAGUUAGUGAGGAACUGCUAAUUCAGAGACCCACUCCGGAAAAAGUGCUAGAAUUAAAGAACUCUGCGAUCGAGAGAAGCUCAAAUUGGGAGAAAAUUUCAUUUUGCUUCGUUUUGUACUUCUUGAUUGCGUGGAGAAUGUGACCUUAGAAGAGUGUGCUAUUUCAUUCAUUGUGAGAUUUCAUCAUUGUUUUUCAGGCAUUUCUUGCUCAAAUAAAACAUUUUCAAGAUA